UCGGAGAGCGCGCGCAGGCGCAGAGGCCGCAGGAGGGACACGGUCCAGUCCCUACUUCCGGUCUGCGUCCGCCGUCUGCGCAGUGUCCGGUCGCCGCGGCAGCUGAGCGCCUCCGCAGUCCCCGGGGCAGGUGGCAGUUUAGAAAAGAGUUUGAACAAGAAGGUGAGACCAGCUCGAUAACUGAGCGGAAAGCUGACGAGGCCGGUUCCUGUCUGUCUUUGCUUCAGGGCACCAUGGAGAACGCUCACAGCGCCGAGCAGAGCGGGACUGGGGACUCGCGUCCGGCCGAGGGACAAGCCGGGAGCAGCGCUCCGCAGGGAGAGCAGGGGCACCUGCUUUAUCACGAGGAAACCAUCGACCUCGGCGGGGACGAGUUCGGGUCUGAAGAGAAUGAGACUACGUCGGAAGAUUCUAAUAACUUUGUAGAUAAGCUUAACGAGCACAUGAUGGAAAGCGUCCUUAUUUCUGACUCUCCUAAUAAUAGCGAAGAUGACGCAGGUGACCUCAGCUGUUUGCGGGAUGUUGGGGACCCUGCAGGAGGCAGCGCAGGUCCCAGACUGGAGAGUCUCGAGGACGAAGGAGCCGUGGACACCCUGAGCAAGGACAGUGGAAGUGACGGAGAGGGUGCAUCCGAAGACAUCUCUGGCACGACCCCCGACCCAGAGCACAGUCAAGUCACAAGUGUGCCGGCCUUGGGGGAGGAGGGAGCAGAGGACCCUGGCCCAGGGGACAGGAGCCCUGGCCCGGAGGGGCCGGGGGGCGCUGCACCCUUGAGGCAGUCCCCUCCCCACGAGGAGCCCAUCCCCGUGUGCACCAUCUUCAGCCAGCCGCUCCCCGCCCACUCCCAGCCGCCGCCGCUGCUGCUGCGGGACGGCUUCGAGUCCCAGAUGGUGAAGUCUCCGAGCUUCAGCGGUGCCAGCGAGACGGUGGCCAAGACCCCUCCCCAGGCGGUGCAGCCAAGCCCCAGCCUGAGUAAAUUUUUUGGCGAUCCCGCCAGCACUAACUCCUUGGCCUCAGACUUCUUCGACUCGUUCACGACGUCCACUUUCAUCUCCGUCAGUAACCCCAACGCAGGCUCUUCUGCUCCAGAAAAUCUGUCUUUGCUCUCCACUGCAGGGGGAGAGAGGUCCCCAGGUGCCGCCGAGCCUUCUCACUCCCCAGGGAUGGAAAAGUCAGAAGCAGGGGUUUCCACAGCUUCUCUAGAAAUCUCUCAGUCUCCAAAACCGUUUUCCCAGAUCCAGGCUGUGUUUGCGGGGAGCGAGGACCCCUUUGCCACAGCACUGAGCAUGAGCGAGACGGACCGCAGAAGUGACGCCUGGCUCCCCGGGGAGGCGACCAGGAACAUCCUGAUUUCAGUAGCCACCCAGCAGUACAGCACAGUGUUUGUCGACAAGGAGAGCCUCACCAUGCCGGGCCUCAAGUUUGACAACAUCCAGGGGGACGCAGUUAAAGACCUGAUGCUUCGCUUCCUGGGCGAGAGAGCCGCGGCGAAGAGACAGGUCUUACACGCGGAGUCCGUGGAGCAGACUUUCGUGGGGUUGAAACAGCUGAUCAGCUGCAAAAACUGGAGGGCAGCGGUUGACCUGUGCGGGCGCCUUCUCACCGCCCACGGCCAAGGCUACGGCAAGAGCGGCCUGCCCACCAGCCACACGGCAGACUCCUUGCAGCUGUGGUUUGUGAGGCUGGCACUGCUGGUGAAGCUGGGCCUUUUCCAGAAUGCCGAGAUGGAGUUUGAGGCCUUUGGAAAUCUAGACCAGCCUGAUCUCUAUUACGAGUACUACCCUCACGUAUACCCAGGGCGAAGGGGCUCCAUGGUCCCCUUCUCCAUGCGGAUCCUGCACGCGGAGCUUCAGCAGUACCUGGGGAAUCCGCAGGAGACCCUGGACAGGCUCCACAGAGUGAAGGCAGUCUGCAGCAAGAUCCUUACAAAUUUGGAGCAAGGCUUAGCUGAAGACGGGACCAUGAGCAGCAUCACACCGGAGAACAGACAAGCCUCCAUCCAGCUGUGGGGGUCCCGCCUGGGCCGGGUGAUGUGCUCCAUGGCCAACUGCUUGCUGCUGAUGAAGGAUUACGUGCUGGCCGUGGACGCGUACCACGCCGCUAUCCAGCACUGCCCGGAGCAGGAGCCGCAGCUGCUCAGCGGCAUCGGACGGAUCUUCCUCCAGAUUGGAGACAUAAAAACAGCCGAGAAGUAUUUUCAAGACGUGGAGAAAGUUACCCAGAAACUGGAUGGACUGCAAGGCAAGACAAUGGUCUUAAUGAACAGAGCAUUCCUGCACCUUGGCCAGAAUAACUUUGCCGAAGCCCACAGAUUCUUCACAGAAAUCCUCAGGAUCGACCCAACAAAUGCCGUGGCCAACAACAAUGCCGCCGUGUGCCUGCUCUACCGGGGCAAACUCAAGGAGUCCCUCCGGCAGCUGGAGGCCAUGGUCCGGCAGGACCCCAAGCACUACCUGCACGAGAGCGUGCUCUUCAACCUGACCACCAUGUACGAGCUGGAGUCCUCCCGCAGCAUGCAGAAGAAGCAGGCGCUGCUCGAGGCGGUCGCCGGCAAGGAGGGCGACAGCUUCAACACGCAGUGCCUCAAGCUGGCCUAGGGCCCUCGCCCUCCGGAGCCCCAGGGCCUCCGUGAGCGGCAUGCGUGGGAGCUCCUACAGGAAACCACCGGCGGACUCAGUAAAACCUUUCGUGGGUGCGGGGAGCCGUCUUCGUGCAGAGCCGCGCGGAGGCCGGACUGCCGGACUGCCGGACAGCUCGUCCGACUGCAGCGAGCUCCGUGCCUGCAGCUCUGCCGGCGGAUAGGAGUCCGGGGGUGACAGGCUCUGGGGAUGGCGGACAGGCGCCGCGGUGGCUCCGAGGAGGCACUGGGUCCCUUUUUUUUAUUCUCGGAAGCUGAGCUGCUUCAUCUCGUAAUUCUGAAUAUGCUCGGAGAAAAGCUGAAAACUAUCAUAAACCGUCCUCCCUCUGUAAAUCCCGUAUGUCUGGGCAUAAUGGCAGAGAAGCACCAAGCCGACCGCCCUGCCCCUGCUCUCCGUCCCCGUCACACCCCAGAACUACGCGCGUCACUUUGAUUCACCCGGUUCCUUUCCAGCUGACGCCACACUCUGUGGCCAGGCCCGGCGACAGGGCAAGAUUCCACCGUAUUUCUUCUGUGGUUCGUCCGUCACAGGGAGGAGAGAGGGGCCCGAGCACAGCACGCCCCGAGGGAGAACACGGAGAGUGCACAAGCGGGUGCGCUCGGGGGUCUCUCUGAACCAAGCACGCCUCGAUUUCGGUGUUUCUUCAUCGUGCGUGUCGGGGCAGUCGCUUCAGUAUUUAGAGUAGCGGGAGGCGUUUUCCGCUCUACCCGCUAGGUCCUCUGGUUGGUCUGAUGAGCCAGGUGACAGAUAAAUGGGAGAAAGGUUUCAUUACGUACAAGGGACCCAUAAGGACAGGAGCCCCAAGGACUAGCCAGGCGACUGAGGCUUCUGUGCCAUCCUGAGCUAAGGCAGGGCCUGGGGAGAGCGGGGGAUUCACAGAACUUUGCCCCCCUGGACAGGUCAGAGUUUAUAGCCGGGAACAGCUCCUCCUCUGAGCGAGACCCCCACCCCAACCCUUCUAUGUCGUUCGGGGAGAGGUCAGUGUUUUCCGUACCCCUGCUGCAUCCUGACUGUCUUCAGCUCGAAAUAAUCCAUUUGCCGAAGUAGCCUACGGUGGGGGACACAUCCUCCGCCUGCCAGAGCCCUCCCUUCGCCGUCUCCAGGACUUUCUGCCGCCGGGGCCGGAGCCGCUCACUGACCCCGUCGCCCAGUCCUCACAGGAGCUUCGUUCCACUAAGCAGUUGGGCCUCAUUUCGGGAGGCAGCUGUGCAAGAGGCUGCCGAGUCGGGCCGGGGGCGAGUAACCCGGUGUUUGCUAAGAGACCCUUCUGUGGGGACAGCAGGAAACCAGCCGAGUCAGUGGCACAGGCCGCCGCCCACUUUCCAAGCCCUGGCACUCGGAGCAGCUUCAGAUGUGUGGAAGCCAUCGGACGGUUGGCCCUGGCCUGCAGUGUGACCGUCACUAGUGAGCUUUCCGCGUGGCGCACACAGCAGUGGGCACAGAGACUGUCCACACGGGAGCAGGGGUGGUUUCCCCGAGUUGGGGGGUGCAGCUCAGCCGCAGCUGCCAUGGCUGCAGGAAACGGCCAGUUCUGGUUCCCGACAGCCCCAAGUGAGCAGGGCAGGGGGAAGUGGAAACUUCAGUUUGGAGAGUUGCAGCCAAAUGCAAGAGGAAAGUAGAAGUUGGGACCUGGCCCAUUUUACAGGUAGAAGACAGAACCUCGGAGCCCAAGAGCAGCAUAGACUCUGCGAUCCGCGGAGGCAUGUUAGGGAAGCACAGAGUCCGCGUAGACUCUGCGAUCUGCGGAGGCGUGUUAGGGAAGCACAGAGUCCGCAUAGCCCCCCGACUUCCAUCAGAGCACCCAGAGCAAGACUAAAUCUGGUUCCCAGUGAAGUCGUUUCAGUGACCCGGCCUGGUUAUUUACAGAAGUGCAGAAAACAGGGCUUACUGUAUAGGCUCUAUUAAAUCUGCUUUGCUGGAACUUUCCAUAAAAGGUCCUAGAUGAAUCUCAGAAGCCUCUCCAGGCUAAGAACCCACACCAAGGACCUGCCGUCAGACUUUGCCUGCAGUACAUACAGAUUUAGGUGAAUUCCUCUCUUCUCAAGGUCCCCAAAAUAUCCUGAGGUUUCUGGGCCUGCCAGGAUGUGCCCUUCCAUGCAGACAGGCCAGGCCACCAGGCAUCCCGUAAGCAAGAGGCCAGGAUGAUGUGCCCCCAGGGUCUCACUGGCUCCAUAAAGUCAGCCUCAGUUCCCAAAAGCUGAUCAUCUCCGAGUCAUGACGUCGCUUUCAGAUAGAAUGUUCUAGUCAGGCCUAGUAAUGUAAUGAGCCUUCUCAAUCAUGUCCUGUCACCGGAGUGGAAUCUGAGCACAGUCAUCACAGAUAAGGCCACUAAGAUGAGAAUCCCAAGUUGGCAGAUCCUGGAGGGAUCGGGUAGCAAGAGACACUGUUUCCUCUUUGUUCACAAAGGUGUAUCUUAAAUCGUUGAAACCUUACGAGAAGGUGGUUUCCUUAAAUCUGGAAAAACAAAAGAACGGGCAGUGUUUCAAAGCAGAAGUCCCGGAAUGAUUGUUCUCCUGAAUUCAUGCAGCCCCGUGUGGUACUUGUCCCGCUUGAAUCCGUGAUCCGUUAGUUCCAGAAAGCCUUACCCAGCUCACUUUUUGGUUGGGAGAUUCUCAGAAGCCCAUCCUUGUCGAGUCCAUUCCUUGACUCUCCCUGAAGGUGAGGUGCCAUUGCGGGAAUGCUGUGGCCCCAGCAUCACAGUGAAGCAGCGGGUCUGUAACCAGACAGGACCUUCACUGCCCGCUGUUCACGACCCCAGGCGAGUUCGUUAUAAUGGAAUUGACCGAGCAAGGUGCUUAUUUCCGUACAUUUUAAGACAACUGGAAUUCCAACCAACAGUCUCCAGGACAUACUAGGUUUCUAGGAUUUUCAUGUAGUUCAUAGGACAUACUCAUACUCCCCCUUACGGCACAACCUAAGAAAGUUCAUCAUCAUGUAUGUGACGUGCUUUCCAUAGAAUUCCACACCAGAUAAGCUUCCUUAACCCAACGUCAUUCUUAGUAGAAGUGGGAACAAAUCUUGUGAGAUGGUCCAGGGACCCUCUGGAAAUUCUCAAAACGUAGUUCAGAGUCAAUGAAGGCCUUGUUUAGAAUUCGAUUCUGGGAAUUUUGUCCAGAAUAUCAGCACGUUUGGACACUUGACUGAAGAGGGUCACAGACCAUCGUCAAAAAGAGUACUUGAUUAGGUCGUUUUCUUCAGAGUGCCAGAAACUGAAGACCUGGUGCACAAUCUUGGCUCCUUGGCACAUUAUUUAAAAGGUAAAGAAACUUUCACAGUCUGUUAACAGCAAAACUGAAGUCCAAGAAAAUUUCAUUUUAAGAGUAAAAACCAAUUCUGUUCCACUUGCUCUGAUAUUAAAACUAAAUUUUAACCUUA